AUGGAUGGCCAGACUCCUACGGCAGCAAUUGCUGCUGCUGCUGCAGCACUGAGUGGCGCGGAUCCUGCCGGAGCGAGGAAGCAGCUGGCUCUCCUCUACCAACAGUUGCCUGUAGAUGACCGCCGCUAUGUAUCAGAAACAGACAGAGAUGAAGUAUUUAGGCGCCUCAGGAAGGACAACCGCAUGUGUUUCGACUGCAGUGCGAGAAACCCUACAUGGAUAUCUCUAACCCAUGCAGUCUACGUCUGUCUUUCGUGCUCGGGCAAGCACAGACGGCUCGGCACGCAUCUUUCCUUCGUACGAUCAACCGAAAUGGACAAAAUAUACCCAGAGCAACUGCUGCGAAUGGAGCUGGGGGGGAACCGCCGAGCCCAGGAGUUCCUCAGGGAGCACGGGGCGGACCUCAGCCAGCCGUUAGACUAUCAGGGAAGGUUGGCGGCGAAGCACCGACAAGCGUUAGAUCAGGACUCCUCAGGGGCCAACAAGACACCCGCUACGGGAUCGCAGCAGCAGCAGCAACAACAACAUCAACAGCAGCAGGUCCGCGAUGCGCUGCAUAGCUUCAAGCAGCCUGUGCCGCAGCAUCCACAACCUGCCGCCGCCUCCGUUAUCCCGGCUGCAACAGUUGCUGCGGUGACCCCACCGGUGGCUCCCUCGGUAUCGAUAGGAGCUGCACGAGGAGGUAUAGGGGAGCAUUCUUUGGGGGGAGGCAUAAAGCCUGCGGGGGCUGGCAGGGGCGUUAGGAGCCGCAAGCUGGAGAUGGACUUCGACUUCGAGAAAGAGGCGGCUCUGCUCGCGGCGAGACAAAGGGCAGCGGCGCAAGGAUCGCCUCACACCUCUGGAUGUUCUUCCCAGCCACCGCCGCAGCAACAGACAGCAGGGCGCGGCGGCUUCAGCAGCAGCGGCACUGAAAGCAGCAGCCUUCCUCGGGCAGCAACGAACCCCACCUUCGGCAGCAGCGGGACCACUGGCCUUGGGCAGGGUGCCUCUGGGGGAAGUGGGUAUGGGUCCAGCAGCACCCCUAGCCGUGGUGCCUACGGCAGCAAUAGCACGCGUUUUUCCGGUGCCAAAAGCAUUUCUUCUGCUCAAUACUUCAAUCAGGAAGAGAGCGACGUGAACGUUGUUAUAUACAUCAUGGAUGCCGGGAUUGCCUCAGAAGCAUGUGACGCAUGA